UGCACGUAACCGCCGCCGCCGCAGUCACCACAACCAGGACGCUCUGCUUCUGCCAUAUUAUUCUUGGAUCUUGCGAGAAACUCUGCUGAGCUGCACCAAAGACACUCGUCCAGCCAUGGACUCGGCAAUUGAGCACCGAGACCCCUCCAAGAUCCUCGAUCUGUCAAACAUCCGCUUCCAGCUUAUCCGUCUCGAAGAUACGAUAACCUUCCACCUAAUAGAGCGUGUUCAAUUCCCCCUCAACUCCGCAAUCUACAAGCCUGGUGCAAUUCCUAUACCCAACUCUGACCUCUCCCUCUUCGACUUCAUCCUGCGCGAUACCGAGCGUCUGCACUCUCUUGUGCGGCGCUACCAAUCUCCGGAUGAGUACCCCUUCUUCCCGGAGGCGAUAGAAGAGCCCAUCCUCAAGCCUCUGUCUUACCCCAAGGUUCUGCACGAGAACAACGUGGUGGUGAAUGACAGAUUGAAGGAAGCAUACAUCAACAAGAUCCUGCCCGCGUGUUGCAGUCAGCCGAAUCGCCCGGAAAGGGGUGAAGACCAAGAGAACUAUGGCUCUGCGGCGACCAUGGACGUGCUGUGUCUGCAGGCUCUUUCCCGGCGCAUCCACUACGGCAAGUUCGUGGCGGAGUCCAAAUUUCGGUCCGAUACGGCUCGGUUUGUCUCUUUAAUCAAAGCCAAGGACAUCGCUGGUCUGGACGCUGCAAUCACGGAUGCUAAGGUGGAGAAAAAGGUGCUCGAGCGGCUGAGGCUGAAGGCGAAGACAUACGGUACCGAUCCGGACCUUACCAGCAACGACCAGGGGAAGAUAAACGUAGAGGCAGUAGUAGACAUGUACAGAGACUAUGUCAUUCCGCUUACCAAGGUUGUAGAGGUAGAGUAUCUGCUGCAACGGCUGAAGGGCACAGAAUGGGAGUGAUGGAUUGCUUGCGAGAGACCUGUACUAGAUUGCUCGGGUUUGCAUCCAAUUUUUUUUCUCCUUUUCGAAACCGCAUAGAUGAUCCACAUUUAGACGCUGCUUGACAGCAGAACAUGCAGCAGUGCAAUUCGCAUCUAACGUAUGGGUAUCGUGUUAAACGCUACAACAAAACAAAAGGGCGAUACCGCGCUAGAACAGCAAGGCUAACCUAACCAACAAAAUACUGACUUUGGCGUUUUUCAGCCUAUCAUCCCAGACGUUGGGCCCAUUUGGUUCCCUCACUCUUCAUUUUGACUUGAC